AGCGCUUUACGCGACUCUGGGACACAUUUUGUCAGCAACCAGCAAGCAUGGCUCUGUGGUAAUAGAAUAGCCCGUGUAAUUUGACACUUCAACUUGCCGUGCACUACGUUAGUUGAUUCAGACAGUCACACUAACGAAACGCCGUGCGCUUUUCUCUCAGUGUUUGUGAAGUGUGAGGGGAGAAAACAGAUCGCAACUUCAAAUCCCGGAGAUUUUCGGCGCCGUGCUGUGAUUGGACCUGAAAGUGCGGUGGACCCUAGUGUAGACGGGAGCUCGCAGAGGGACCUUCCCCACGGACUAUAUGAAGGGAGGGGAGGGGGAGGGGGGGCUGCUGAUGUUACUCCCUGCUUGCAGAACACACAGAUCACUUCUAUGAUUGAUGAGGAUAUGUGAGUGAAUUUGCCAAACACUGAACAAAGAAAUCUACUGCAUCCUCCGGGCCAACCACUGCUUAUGCAGACAGGACCUGGCCAGAAGAUCAUGUGCUAAUUAGAGAAGAACUUUAAUGGCUUCCAGGUAGAAAGAAAGAGGCAGCAGUCAAGAUGAACUCGAUUCCUUCGAUGGACAGGCACAUACAGCAGACCAAUGACAGGCUGCUGUGCAUCAAACAGCACUUACAGAAUCCGGCCAAUUUCCAGACCGCGGCCACGGAGCUACUGGACUGGUGCGGAGACCCACGAGCCUUCCAGCGGCCAUUUGAGCAAAGCCUUAUGGGAUGCUUGACGGUUGUAAGUCGCGUGGCCGCGCAGCAGGGUUUUGACUUGGACCUCGGCUAUCGGCUCCUGGCUGUGUGCGCGGCAAACCGCGACAAGUUCACCCCUAAGUCGGCAGAAACCACCACCUGCAGGAGAUGUCAAAGUGACACAGCUCUCCUUUCGUCCUGGUGCGAGGAGCUGGGACGGCUGCUCUUGUUGCGGCAUCAGAAGAAUCGUCAGAGCGAUCCACAGGGCAAAGUACCCUUGCAGCCGCCCAUGAACUCCAUGAAGCCCUCACUCUCACAUGGUGAUGGGUCCUUUCCAUAUGACAGCGUUCCCUGGCAACAAAACGCAAACCAGGCCCCGGGCUCGCUGUCGGUGGUCACAACGGUGUGGGGAGUUACCAAUACAUCACAAAGUCAGGUCUUGGGUAACCCCAUGGCCAAUACCAACAAUCCCAUGAACCCUGGGGGCAAUGCACUAGGGUCGGGUAUGUCAGGCAACAACCCAGGGAUUAACUCACCUCAGUUCCCUGGCCAACAACAACAGUUUUCAGCCAAAGGGGGAUCCAACCAGGCCUACAUGCAGCAAAGCAUGUAUGGGCGUCCAGGGCACCCGGGAGGAGGAGGCUUUGGUGGAAGUUACCCAGGCGGACCGAAUGCUCCGGGUGGCAUAGGCAUGCCCCCUCAUACACGACCGCCCUCUGAUUUCACCCAACCUGCUGCCGCUGCUGCUGCCGCCGCCGUUGCUGCUGCCGCCGCCACCGCAACAGCUACUGCCACAGCAACUGUGGCAGCCCUGCAAGAGACCAAUAAAGACAUGAACCAGUACAACCAGGUCUGCUCUUCUUUCCAGAUGGGGCCUACGCAAGGCUACAAUAACCAGUUCAUGAACCAGCCAGGGCCCCGUGGGCCCCCGUCCAUGGCUGGAGGCAUGAACCCAGCUGGUAUGGGUGGUGGCAUGAAUAGCUCCAAUAUGAGUGGCCCGCCAAUGAGUAUGAACCAGCCCAGAGGCCCAGGGAUGGGGCCCUUCGCUGGCCACGGCCAAAGGAUGCCUCAACAGGCUUACCCUGGACCCAGACCUCAGUCCAUGCCCAUGCAGGGCACAAAGAGGCCCUAUCCAGGAGAGCCUAAUUAUGGAGGCCAGCAGUUUGGACCCAAUGGCCAGUUUCCCAACCAGCAAGGGCAGUACCCUAACCCGAACGCUUCUAGAGCUCUUCCUUCACCCAAUUACCCUGGGCAAAGGAUGCCGGGACAACAGGGAUCUGGCCAAUACCCACCUACUGGGGUAGCCAUGGGCCAGUACUAUAAGCAAGAGCCAUUUAAUGGUCAGAACAACAAUUUCUCUGGAGGUGGUUAUGGGUAUAAUCAAGGAAAUGGGCCUCCUCGGCAGGUGGUGAACUACCCACACUCGCCAGUUCCUGGUAACCCCACGCCACCCAUGACCCCAGGAAGUAGUAUACCGUACAUGUCGCCCAGUCAAGAUGUCAAACCUCCGUUUCCUCCGGAUAUGAAGCCAAACAUGACGUCUCUGCCUCCACCACCAACCAACCCCAACGAGGAGCUGCGUUUGACGUUCCCAGUGAGAGAUGGAGUGGUGCUGGAGCCCUUCAGACUAGAGCACAACCUGGCCGUCAGUAACCACGUCUUCCAUCUGCGCCCCUCCGUCCAUCAGACACUCAUGUGGAGAUCUGAUCUGGAGCUGCAGUUUAAGUGCUAUCAUCACGAGGACCGACAAAUGAACACCAAUUGGCCCGCAUCCGUCCAAGUCAGCGUCAACGCCACCCCACUCACUAUUGAGAGGGGCGACAAUAAAACAUCCCACAAACCCCUGCACCUAAAGCACGUGUGUCAACCAGGAAGAAACACCAUCCAGAUAACGGUCACGGCCUGCUGUUGUUCGCACUUGUUCGUGCUGCAGCUGGUCCAUAGGCCGUCAGUGCGAUCGGUCCUGCAAGGGCUCCUCAAGAAGAGGCUCCUUCCUGCCGAACACUGCAUUACCAAAAUUAAAAGAAACUUCAGUAGCGUAGCAGCAUCCUCUGGGAAUGCCACACUAAAUGGAGAGGAUGGAGUAGAGCAGACAGCCAUCAAAGUGUCCCUCAAGUGUCCAAUCACAUUCCGACGGAUCCAGCUCCCUGCUAGGGGACAUGACUGCAAACACGUGCAGUGCUUUGAUUUAGAGUCCUAUCUGCAGCUGAACUGUGAGAGAGGAACGUGGAGAUGUCCUGUAUGCAAUAAAACAGCAUUAUUGGAAGGGCUAGAGGUGGAUCAGUACAUGUGGGGAAUUCUCAAUGCGAUUCAAAAUUCGGAGUUUGAAGAGGUCACCAUUGACCCUACGUGUAGUUGGAGGCCUGUGCCCAUAAAGUCAGACAUUCAUAUAAAGGAGGACCCAGAUGGCCCUCUGGCCAAGCGUUUUAAAACCAUGAGUCCCAGUCAAAUGAUCAUGCCUAAUGUGAUGGAUAUGAUCGCCCAGCUGGGUCCCGGCCCUUCUCCCUACACCCCCCUCCCCCCUCAGCAUGGAGGAAACAAUGGCGAAUAUGGGGGCCAAGGCAAUAGUUACCAGGGCCAUGGAAACUUUGACUUCUCCCACAGUAACUCUGGUGGCGGAGCUCCCAUGAAUGACUUCAUGCACGGACCCCAGCUCUCACAUCCUCCAGACGUGCCCAACAGCCUCAUGGCCCCCGACAAGCCUCUAGCCCAUGGCAUGCCCGACUCGAUGCCCCAUCCCGUGAGCGCUGAUCAAUCCCAUGCUUCCAUGCAGCCAGGCAUGCACGCAUCCCCUCACCCCAACAGCCAGUCAGCUCAGCCAUUGCAUCACAGCGGCCCCCAUCCUCCCAGCCCCCACGCCAGCCCGCCCCAGCAGCCAGGCCAAAACAGUCACCCACAUGCCGACAUGACCUUCAACCCCACCGUCGACGGGCAGGCAGGUGGCCAGGGACCUGCAGACAUGCCCGAGCCUUCUCUGGAUCUUCUACCAGAACUGGCGAACCCAGACGAGUUGCUGUCAUACUUAGACCCUCCUGACCUCCCAAGCAGCAGCAAUGACGAUCUGCUUUCCCUUUUUGAGAACAACUGACUUCCUUCGGUCGGCCUUUUGGAGAGGCCCUAAUUUGUUUGGCUGUCAGGAAUCGAGAGGCACCUGAAGACUGACUCUGUACUUUGCAAACAGGAAACAGCCAUCCUUUUGCCUCUUCCUCGUGUAAAUAUCUCACUCUUUUACAAGCAACCUUUUCCACACAUAUAUGGCAGCCAUGUUGGUUGGCACUAAAGUGAUAUCUUUCAAUACUAAUGGAAAUACAUGUGCAGCUAUAAUCAGUUCAUAUGAAUACGUCACACAGAACUGUGUGUGUGCUCACUAGGAAAGUAUUGUAGCAUUUUUAAUUCAGAUUUUUUUCCUUUUGUGAAAAGAAGACCUGAAUAGAAUAUAUGUAUAUGU